UAGUAACCCUAGACAUAUAUGUUUUUUCCCCUCAAGCUAUUCCAGCACAUCCGCUAAAUUAAUUACCAUAUAUCCAGCUCCUCCUAUUAUCACAAACCCUAGAACUUUCCCGGCCUAGCUCUUACCUUUCAGACUUCAAACCUCACUUCUUCAUCUUUCAUCUUCUUCUUCCCUUUUCUCCACUAUGAACCUAGAAGAGAAAGUAACAAUGGACUUGGCUCCACCAUCAGAGCAUCUCUGCUAUGUCCGGUGCAACUUCUGCUACACUGUUCUUGCGGUUGGGAUUCCAAUCAAGAGGUUACUGGACACAGUGACUGUCAAAUGUGGUCACUGCAGUAACCUUUCUUUUAUCAGCACCAGAGCUCCACUCCAAGGCCAAUGUCUUGACCUCCCACUCUCCCUUCAGAAGCAGGGCUUUUGCAAUGAUUUCAGAAAGGGCCAAUCCUCUUCAUCGUCCUCAUCAACAAGCGAGCCGUUGUCUCCCAAAGCACCCUUUGUUGUGAAACCGCCUGAGAAGAAGCACAGGCUUCCAUCUGCUUACAACCGAUUCAUGAAGGAGGAGAUACAGCGCAUCAAAUCUGCUAACCCCGAGAUACCACAUCGAGAAGCUUUUAGCACGGCAGCAAAAAAUUGGGCUAGGUACAUUCCAAAUUCAGCAGCUGGAUCAGUUUCUGGUGGCACAAAUAAUUAAUGGAUGAUGUAAACUAUUUCCAAUCGAUUACAAUAUUGCAGUGACAGUACUGGACAUGCAAUUGGGAAGAAGUAGUAGUAGUAGUUGAGAUCAGCAUGCAGCUUCAUGUGUGUCUCAAACUUGAUUUGAUCUGGUUGUCACUUGAUUUUAUAUCAUGUUGGCUGGCCUUGAUGGUAUUUAAUUUGUUUCUUGAUGAACUGCUAGAUGAUCAGAGUUAACUCAGACUAUCAUCAUCAUCAUUUAAUAUUGUUAAUUUGCUAAUUAGAUGAUCAGCUUAGAGCUAGUUGAUCAGAGUACUAUAUAUGUUGUGCUGAUUAAUUUCCUAAUUAAUUACUUGAUCACUUCUAGGUUCGAAUUAA